UGAAAGAAAGGGAAAGGAAUGGGAAUGAGCGUGGCUGGGUCGGUUUGUCGGCUCAAAUUGUGUAACAGCUCCUCAGUAUAGUGUGGUGUACCGUGAUGAGCGUAGUCGGGUGUCCGUCUUGAAGGAUUUGUCCUCGCAGUUAUCACUCUUUUCACCUCCUUCCUUUUUUCUUUUUUUUUACCACGCUUCAGUUUUCCGUCCCGCCAGAAGCUCUUUCGCGAAAAGCUCGUUCCGUCUUCCCAGUGAUCCCCCUGCGCUCCGACCAAAUUCUCCACUGGGCGGCCCCGGCAACUCGCCAUUCGCGCCUCUUAUUCGCGCUUCUCAUUCGCGUCUUCUCGCGUGUUUACACCGCUUUUUCCCACGCUUCCAGCUUUUCGGCCGAAAGUUCAGUGUCCUACCUCAGUUCUCCCGAAAGUGCUUCCCGAUCGGAAUAUAGUGGAAGGAGCCGCUUUUUAAUUUAUCAAUUUGUAAAUUAAGCAACAAGUGUGUGUUAUCAAUUUUUGCGCGUCCUAUUCUAAGAAUAAAAAGUUCGUGGUGAUCCUCGUUUUCGACGACAUGACUCGAGAAAAUGUGUGGCUGUGAUGUGUGUCGUAAAGGAUUAAUGUGUGUUUAUUUAUCUACGCCUACCAUGGGAUUAAAAUUGGAUAACCCUCCAUAUUACUGGUCAGUAUUUAUCCAACUUUCGGGCGGAAAAAGCCUGCUUUCGUGAGUUUCAGCUCCAUAUUUCCGGAUGGCCGUAGCCCUACCCUUACCUAUACUUGCUGAUUUCAGCCACUUUUUUAUUGCCCGGUGUCAUGUUUGACAAAAAUUAUGUUGGGCUCUGAAAACGACUCGAGCGGUCUGUUGACCCUGCACUAUGGGAAGCAUCACAUGUCGCUGGUAGACGAGAUCCGAUCCUGGUUCGACGCCGAGAGCUUCGCGGACCUGACGCUCAUCUGCGAGAAGGGACAAAUCCUCCAUGCCCACCGCCUCGUCCUCGCCUCGGUGAGCCCCCUCAUCAAACGGCUCCUCAAAGACUACCCCACCCACGAGCCCCAAGUCACCGUCCAGUUCCCCGACAUCAAAGUCGUCCACAUGCGAACCAUGCUCGACUUCCUCUACACCGGUCAAGCUUGUGUCCAGCCGAACGAGAUGUGCGGGGUGAUCGAGCUGUUCGCCCUGCUGGAGAUCAAAUCCGAGCUGUGGGACAACAAGCUCCCGUCCUCGAGCAGCGAUCGGGACGCGCACUCGCGCGAGGGAUCCCACUCGCACUCGCACUCGCACAAGGACGACUCGAGCAACGACUCCCGCUCCAGCGAGCUCGUCUUCCCGCGGGACAAGGAGUCGGACCUCAGCGACGAGGAGCGCAUGGAGACGGGGUCCGGGUCGGCCGGGGCUCCCGAGAGGAGCUGCAGUUUGGGCGAGGUCGUCAUCAAGACCGACCCGGACGCGUCCCCGGAACCAGAGUCCGAUAAUGGUAAUGGUAAUGGCUCCCCGCAGAGAAAUGUCCGCCGAAGAAGACGAAGAAGAAGUUCCUCCAUCCCCGUCAACUUGUCGCUAAGCAACCCGCAGGACAAGGACGAGGCGUUUAGUAAUAAGGCUGCUGAGAAGCGGAAAAACAUGGUGAACAGUUUAUCCACAUCCGACUCGCCCGAGGAAGAGGCGCACAGGCACAUCUCGGAGAGGAUGGCGGUCCGGCUGCUGGAGGAGGAACCCCGAAGCCUAAUCCUGUGCAAGCGGAAAUCCCGGUACCUGGAGGAUCUGCGGGCCGUGGACGACGACGAGCCCCACAAGCUGCCCGACCCGGAGGCCCUGAGCCAGCAGACGGCCCCGGAAAACUACGUGGUGACCCCGCACCGGAAACGGCGCCCGGGUUUCCACAACUCCCCCGCCCAGAACCCACCCUUCGUCCCCUUCUCGCCCUCGUACAUAGACGAGCCGCUGUUCCGGCACCGGAACGCUCACCCGCUCAGUUCCUCCGCGCCGCCGUACCUGAUAGACGCCCCCUCGAAAACCCCACCUCUCUCUAGUAAUCACCCCCUUAGUUCGGUCGACGAAAUAGUUGUUAAGUACCGGCCGCCGAGCGAGGACGGCCACCCCUCGGCGCCGUCGCCCCGCUCCGCCGGCUACCCCUUCAACUUAGCCAAUAGCUUGGACAGCCCCUGGGGGCCCUGGGCCAUCUGUCAAACCCAAGUCGGCCAAAUAGUUUCUAGGAAUGAAGAAAAUCCUCGAUCUGGAGGAGCGAGUAAUCUAUCAAUAACGAGUGGCGACACAGAGGAAACCAGUACAAGUGAAGAAGUUACAGGACAAAAAACUGGAAGUGGUUCCUCAAGAGAAUAUCGAUGUUCGUAUUGUGGCAAACAAUUUGGAAUGAGUUGGAACUUGAAAACGCAUCUGCGGGUGCACACCGGUGAGAAACCGUUCGCAUGUCGGCUCUGUGUCGCUAUGUUCAAGCAAAAAGCACAUCUACUCAAGCACUUAUGCUCUGUACACCGAAAUGUGAUCUCUGCAGGUGGCGAGUCAGAAGGCAGCCACUUCAACUGCUGCUUCUGUCAGCUCACGUUUGAGUCUCUCCAAGAACUCAUAAGGCAUCUCUCUGGACCACAUAAUAAUUUACUUCUAAGUAAAAACCUUCAUGAAUAGUCGUGAAAGAUGAUUUUGAAGGAUAUUUGUAUCACCUUGUUCUUGUUUGAACAGGAAGGGAGGAAAAUGUGCGAACAGAUUGUGUUUCAGUCUGAUAAGGGGAACCGAAUACUUAAAAGGAUAUUAUACUUACUUAAACAAACAUUUUUUCAAAGAAUAUCCUAUCAGAAAAGCUUCUUCUUAUUACUGAUACAUCAAAAUGGAGUUAGUGUGAGGAGUUAAAUGUGUUAUUGCUAAUUUUUAUUCACGUUUGCUUUACCUAUAAUUGUAUUGAUCCGUUAGGGAAAACGAGACCUGAGAUUCCUGCUGUGGCAGUCGUCAAAUUUGCAUUAGCUUGAGAUGCCUUAAGUAUCUGCCUCUGAUGGACAUACAUCAAUUCAGGUGUAAAAUUUACCCCCAAUGGCUCUAGAUUCGUACGAUGGUGAAAUUAAAAAUUGUUUUUAAUAAUGAUUUUUGUUGUAAUAAAAAAAUCAACCUCUCGAAUCAUGCAGAAAACAGUCUAGCCGUAGGCUGAACACUGUAUAAAGUGCAAAUUCAAGUUUUCUGUGAUUAAGUAAUGGUCAAAAAUUCAGUAGGACUUUACUGAUAAAUAUCUAUGUUCAGACCUACCUUUAAUAUGUUAAGUAAUGUAUCAAAUUACGGAACAGACAGACAGGAAGUUAUGAGCAAAAUGUCACCUCUUAGUUUUUUUUUCUUUUUAAUUGUAUGUAAAGGCCUUCAAAAGCUAUUCACAUUAAUGAUUCACAAAAUGAUCCAUCUUGUGAAUAUUACUGUCUGGUCCAAUUUCAACCAAAUGAAUUUUUCAAGCUUCCAUCAUGUCUAAGGUCCACGAAAUUAGCUACAUGAAAAUGUAUCCUCCUUAAUUAUUCUUGAGAUAGUCUGAAGAAAAUUAAUCAGGAAAAAAGACAGAAAAAUCUUUGAAGCAUUUUUCGAAAAAUAUUUAAACGUGGCAGCUGCAUUUUAAAUUUUAGAAUCUAAUUUAACCAAAAAUUAAAAAUUGUACGAAUCGAUUUAAACAUGUGAAAUGAAUAUAAUUAGUAUUGAAAGAGGGCUUUUCAUCACUAUUUUUAUUCCUUUUCAUCUAUCGUUUCAUUUCUCGACCUCAAUUUGUCUGAAUAUCAUCACAAGAUAAAAGUGAUGCCCCUGCAAUAAUUUUUUAAUUAAUUGUUCAAACUCUGUUCACAUCUAACCCUUCAUUUCUGUUUAAAAUUUAAAUUUAUCCAAAGCAAUUGAAUAUAUGCAAAUAUUGGGGACUAUCUCUCCUGUUGUUCUUCUCUACGAAAGAGAGUAGAAAUAUGCAUGAAAAUAGGUACUUAGGCAUAAUACAUUCUAAUAAGUGUCUGUGAAAAUCAUUUAAAAUGAUUAAAAUUUGUAAAAAGUAAUUUAAGUUGUAUGUAACUGUAUAUAGCAUUCAAUAGUUUCUUUUCCUUUGUUUAAUUUGGCAAAGUGUCAGGUGUCGAAAAUAUUGAAAGUCCUGAAGGAAUUUUUGUUGUAAAAUGUUAUGUUUGAUAUUUACAUCAGUAUUCUUACUUAAGCAGGUGAUGUAAUAUUUUUUCCUAUAAUCAAAUGAAAAAUAUUUUCAAAUCUACUACAAGUAUGAAAACCUAGCCCCAAAAAAAACUAUAAUGUUAAUUCUUCGUCUCUGAACAUUAUCCCUGAACUUAAGGAUAAAAUAUGUCUAGAGUAAUGAGUGACGAAAAUAAUAAAAGACAAGGUCUACUAGUACACUUUAUUUAUUAAAUCAAACUAGGUAGAUUAUUGUUUUACAAAUUCUUAAGGAUACCAGUAAAUUUUGCACUUUGUCUCUUUUGAAAUUUUAUUGAGACAAAAUCAUGAGAAUUGAUUUUGUUACUCACAAUUGAACGUAUUUCUGCCAAACGGAACUAUGUGCAUUAAGACGUGAGCCCUGAGACCUAUAAGAAAUAUAUGCACAAUAGGGCUCAAGUCAUAAUGCACAUAGUUCCGUUUAGCAGAAAUGCGUCCAAUUUUGUUUGAACUAUUAUUUCCAGCCUGGUACACCUUCAUUCUUUCGCCUCAUUUUCGACAUUUUUCACUUUGUGUUUUACAUUCCUUUUGUUCUUUUUCGCAAAACUUGUCACAAUAAUUGUUGUUCUAUAUGGCAAGGUCAUUGUUAUAACCAUCACAAUUUUCUAUCUUUUCUCUUUUUUCUCUUUUUUGCCUUGUUUCUUUUUUAAUGCACUGUUAAUGUAAUACCAAGUUUUUUACGCAGUUAUGUUUACAUAGGAAAACAUUAAUUGUUUUUCAAAAUAUUUUUAAAAAAUUAACUCUUCAGGAGGGUAGAUUUUUGGAUCUUUUUCUCUCUGCGCAUCCUGUUCAUUUUCUUAUUCAGAAAUAUCUGUGGGUUCUGGUUUUUUGACAAAAAUUGGCAACUUAUCUUUUUCCCCUUUUCCUUAUGUUUCUUAGAAAGAUUCUGCCGCAUAUCUCUUCAAAAUUGGUGUAGCCAAUUCAAUGUAAAAAUAGAUUGGCGAAGAGCGAAGAGUUUACAAUUUUCAAAACGAUUAGGACCAACAACUUUAAUUUAUUGUAUACAAUUUUUCUCCUCUAUUUCUUGUGUUUUCUUAGAAUCUACACGCACGUAUGCAAUUUGAUGCAGCAAUUUUUGUAGACAAAUGUAACAAAAUUAAAGCAAAAGAAGAGAAAAGUAGUUGUUGGAGGUACCAUACAAAUAGUAAUAAAAAUGUCAGUCCAUAAUAAACAAAUUCCUCCCUAAAUUUUACAAAAUUGUACUAUUACCUACUAAAAAGAUCAAUAAAUAAAGUACAUUUUGGAUUUUUUCAAAUGGAAAUAGUCAACUCACAGAAAAUAAUUACCUACAUUGACUUGCAUCUGAAUUAUUUUUUGAAGAGGUUCAUUCCCUAAAGAUGAAGCAGGGAGAUAAUUGAAAGAACAUUGAGAAAAUUAUUCAUCUAAUUCACUCUGAUCUCAGAAAAUUAUCAGUAUUAAUGUUGGUAAGCAACAAUGAAACCAUCGAAGGAGUAAAAAAGAUGACUAAUAUUCUUAUCCAUUUGGUAUUUAAAUGAACUUUCAAAUUCAGUUAUCCCCAUAGAAAAAUAAUUUCGAAAGCAAAAAAUAACUCAGAAGAAAUUUGUCUCUGUUAAUGAUACUAUCCUUUCAGUUUUUGUUAAUUUAUUUGAUCCUCUCUGUAAAUGGAACCAUUUGUAUUUUUUUCCCUGUGUAGGUAUUCUUUAAUCUUAGCUGUGUUAACUUGGUGCCAUAUGUGUUCAUAUUUUCUCUAAUUAAUUAAUUAGGUUGGUUCAAAUCAUUCCAUGCACAGUAUUUAUUUUUGUCACAAGUGAAAGCUAUGUGACCAAAUUUCAUGACAAUUCACAGGUUAAGGAGAUGAAAAAAUCAAAUGUUGGUAAGCUGUAAAAGUAUAGUACACUGACCAACUUACUUCAAAAGGUGACAUAAUAUCUUUUUCAGAAUAAUGCGGAGAUUUGAAUUAGUCUUAUGUGGAGAGAAGGGAUGCAUCUUUGUGUAAGAUAUCACAUAGUUUGUAGAAAACUUUAUCCAGGUACAACUCAAAGUAGUAGAAGGUUACUAGGAAGUAUAACUCAUAAUGAAUUUGUAGUCCGAAAAUAUCCGCAGAAAAAGAAAAAAAUUAGUAAAAUUGGGAACUCAGUCUCAAAAAGUAAAUUGAUCUGGGCAUUCCUACUUACGUACCUAUGUUAGAGGGAAAAUCAAUAAUUGAAGUUUUUAGAAAGAUUUUCUGUUUAAUUUCAAGGACAAAUAAAAUAAUCGAAAUUCGAAAAAGGUCUCUUUUGGAUUAAAGUCAAAUUCAAAUGAGUUUAAAUUUUAAACAUGUCACUAAUUUUUUCAUAUUCAGCCUUGACUUUAGAAUCUCAAAAUCAAUGUUAACCUGAACUUUUUUUCUGUCUUCUGUGUGCUCCUAUUCUUCAGAGAAUUUGUAAGAUGUUAUAAUGAGACUUCUCUCCAUUUUGAAGCAAAAUCUCCAACACCAUGUGACACUUCUACAAAUACAGUAAAAACUUAUGGUUUCAUGGCUGAGGAAAGCCCAGUUAUUUUGAAUGCAAAAAUUUCAAAAUCAAAGACCACGUUUUCAGGAAAAUAAUCCCGUAUGAUUAAUUAUCAAUAUGAAAAUUGAAUUUUUUUUUUCUUUCUCUCUUCUAAAAUUAAUAUGCUCUUUUUUUAUUUAUUUUUUUUGUUUCUUUGUUUGAUGAAUUUGUAGUAUUUAAGAUCCAGUGAUUAAGAAUAGGAACCAUUCAGUUGUGUUAAUUUUAAAUUAGCAUCUCGUAGCAAAAUAAUAGAUGAAGCAGCAAAAAGUCACCGGUUAAAGUAAUUUGUACCUCUGAUUUUCCUCCAUUACAUGAACACUGCUUGCUUUUCAGCUCAUCCCCAGAGCUUCAAUGUGUAACUUUGAAAUCUACUUGUUUUACUUUUUUUUUUGUUUUCAUUUCAUUUUUUAUUUAUGUUAUGUUUUUAAAACUUUGAUCUUGAGUACGGAUAAAAAAGUCACCGGCACGUUCCUGUGCCCCUAAAAUUUUGCCAUAGUUUUUACCUGAUACACCGUUGCCUAGGUAGUAUCUUAGCGUACUUACUAAAUUCCUGUAAAAUCAUGAGUUCAAAAAUAAAGAGUUAAACAUGCUUUUAAUGUGCUAAUUAAUUUCAAAUGACUUGUUUUUUUAAGUUGCAGCUAUUUUAUUCUAACUUGGGUUUUUAAACCAUUGCACAGUAAUUAUUCUAGGUAGCAUUAACAAUCAUUUGAUCUCAGUCAGCAGAAAGUAAUGAAAUAGUGUAUUCUACUUUAAGUGACUAUCAUUAAGUACCUACACAUCUACCUUUCCAAAUCUGUACAGAAAACAAGCUAUAAAACUCAAUAAAACCACUUACAAGUUUGUUUUCA